AUGUCCUCCUGGUACGACACCCUCACCUCCGCCCCAGUCAUCAUCGCGACCACCCUCGGCGUGUCUCUUGCUGCUGUCGUUGCUACACAGAUCAAAGGCCCCCAGACGCUCGCGCAGGCUCAGACCCAGGUCCAGGAAGUCAAGGCUAGUGUCAACGCUGCUGACGUGAAAGGCAAAGCUGCCCAGGCUGACGACCCCAUCACCCUCGCCGAGCUCGCCAAGCAUGACGGCUCUGACCCCUCGAAGCCCAUCUAUCUCGCCAUCAAGGGCAAAGUAUUCGACGUGACUGCCAAGCGGGAGAUGUAUGGACCGGGGCGAGGAUACAAUGUGUUUGCGGGCAAGGACGGGUCGAAGGGGCUGGGGAUGUCGUCGCUGGACCCUGGGGACGCUGUGGCGGACUUUUCUGGGCUGAACGAGACGCAGAUGAACACGCUGAACCAGUGGGAGGCCUUCUUCACAAAGCGCUACAACAUCGUCGGGCGCGUGGUGCAGUAG